AGGAACAGCAGCGCGUCAGAGAGAAGAAAAACAAACCUAGCUAGUAACGAUGCAAGUUAUCGAGAGUAAUUGAUUUGUGAAUCAAACAAUCUGAUAGAUUGGUCGGAAGCGACCACCAAUUGAGAUUUUAAAGUACGUUUUUAAACUGAAUACAAAAUGGAUAUUCCCACAUACUUACAGCGCUUCAAAGACAGUCUGAGCACGUAUACGGGAGACGACCCAUUGGAGCGAUGGGACAGCUUUGUGGAGUAUCUGGGACAAAGAUUACCUGCAGGCGGCUGCGGUGAGAUGUCGCUGGUGUUUGACAGCGUCGUGGAGACAUUUCUGAACGUCGAGCGCUACGCAAAUGACAUCAGAUAUGUGAACUACUGCAUCAAAUGUGCGAGUUAUUAUUCGGACCCCAGCGAGCUGUACCGUUACGUCUACAGUAAGGGCGUCGGCACCAGGACCGCUGCCCUCUACGUGGCCUGGGCCCAGCAGUUUGAACAGAGGGGAAUGAUCGAGCAGGCCGACGCCAUGUACCAGAAAGCCAUGGAGAACCAGGCACAGCCAGCCGACACGGUCCUUAACGAAUACAGGCAGUUUCAAAGAAGAACAGGAAGCCAGGCUCCAGUAUCAGCAGGGAGUCGAAACCCUUUGCAAAACUCCAACUUAACCAAUCAGAUGUCCUCCCUUGCAGAGCCUGGAGCUCCAAACAAGGCCUCUGUGGAUUGUCUACCCAAACCACCUGCACAGAUAAUAAUAGUGUCUCGCUCUGAGACGUCGGGGACGAUCCCCUCCGGCCAAGGCGCCAGCGUUCGGACGGCGUCGGCGUACACGCAGGAAGCGCUGGUUUGCGAAGGAUCGGAAUUAAGCUUUGAGGAGGUGCGAGCAGAAAACUACCUGCGUAAGAUCCGGGAGAAGAAGGAAAAGGAGCUGAGAGAAAUGGGCGCCUCCUCCUCUCUCCCUCCUGUCUUCCGGGCAGAAGUUCCUGCUCUCACACACCCACAAGAGCUCCAACCCCCGCGUUCCACUUCAUCAUAUGUAGCGGAGAUGAUGAGGGAGGAGGAAGAGAGGAUCCUGAAGAACACGUGUCGUCUGGAGGACGUGAACCAGGUCCUGGAGCCGCAGCUGUCCGUAGCCGAGAAGGCCACCAGUCUGAACCCCGAUCCUACCCAGCAGCCCUUUGGCCGUGCUCGACCCUCAAACCGUCUGAGCAACAGGCGCUCUCUCGGCUUGAGAUUACACCACGAGCCGCCCUUCAUCCACGAGGCCGCCGCAGCUGACCCGCCUCCGCAGCAGCACAGCACCGCGGCUGCUGACGGGAGCGUUGGCUUACCGCCUCCAGCGUCUGUCGCCCCGGCGUGGACAGUUCCGCCCCGGUCCACUCAGCUGACUGUCGCCUCCGAGCAGACGGACGUGUCGCUCCACGGACCCGACGCGCUGUGCCUUCCUCCAUCGGUCCUGGCUGACAGGAGCGUUCACUUACCGCCUCCAGCGUCCGCGGAGUCGAUAUCGGACACCGGAAACGCUGACUCCGGAAACGCUGGCGCUCUCUGCCAGGACAAUCGUGUUCAGCCCAGCAGCUCGCGGAGCUGUCGCCCCCAGGAGCACCACGCCACGCAGCGUGAUGUCAGUCUCCCGCCGCAGCUCGAGGACAAAUUCAAUCUGUCCCAGGGAAGCACCGCUAACCUGUCUCACAUCACUCCCAAUACUUCACUGGGCUUUGUUCAGGCCACACCGUCCAGGGUGCUGCCGUCACCCACUGUCAACACCCGGGAAGCACUGGAUGUGAUAAUGGACAUGUUCCAGGCUCCGACGUUCCAAGAGGACCCGUUCAGCAACACGUUGGUGUUCGGCGCUGCCGAGAAUGAGUUUGAUCCCGGCUUCGCAACAACCGACGGCGUCUUCUCCGUCACGAAGCCUGCGGCCGCAGCGCCGUUCACGGUCUACGAAGAGAAGGACGAAGAGAACGGCAGCGCUGCCGCUCCCGCUCCUGCUGCAGUCGAGAAGUCUAAACCAAUCAGAGCGCUGGCAGAAAUCGCCGUGCCCAGCAAACCCAGUGACACUCCUGCAGACCUGACGCCAGACGAGAGCACCAUGUGGGGCGCGCGCUACAACUCGCUCCACUCGCUGGCCGCCUGCCCCAACAGCACCACGGACUUCGCCAUGCUGGCUCAGUUUGUCUCCACUCCGUCAGCGCACAAGACGCCUUUCAACGGCAAGUUCUUCGAGGAGGACGAGGAAGACGAGAACAACUGCCAUGGCAAAGAGAACGCCGACGAAGAUGCUUUCAUGAGACGCCAGCCGAAAAAACUCAGCCCAAUCCUGGAGACGAGUCCGUCCAACGAAACGGCCUUCAGUCAGCUGGCGCCCUCCUCCGCAGGACUCGGCACCAUCGUGGGCGAAGGGCUCGCCGCCGCACCGCACUGCCUGACCACUUCCUCCUGCACCACCAUGGUGCAGCCCCCACCUCCGGCCGUGCUGUCCUUCCGAGACCAGACCCUCUGUCCCCCCGACUCCACAGACUCCACCACAGCCCCCGGCUGGGCGGUGUACGCCAGCCCCGAGCAGCCUCCCAAACCGCACCCGGAGAAUUCGAUCAGACCUAACGGCGAAGUUUUUGCCAUCAUGGAAGAUGUGGACAAACCGUCCAGUCCAGAGCGGCUCCAGAAACCAGUCUGUGACGUCCCCAUGAGCCCCGAGUGCGCUCUCGCAGCGGACUGGACGCUCGUCCGAAGCCCCGAGCGCACACCGGUGCCGGACCUGGACGCCUUCCUGAGUCCCUGUCCGCCCGGCGUCCCGGACGUCCCCAUGAGUCCGCAGCAGCCGCCGUUCUGCGCCGACGUGCCCAUGAGCCCGGCGCCACUCGGCGCCGAGGACGAACCCAUGAUGAGUCCGGAGAGGCUGAGGCCGAGCACCGACGCGUCCGUGAACACCAGGACGCCGGCGGCGGUGGUCCAGCUGGUGUCGGACCCCUGGGCCGAUGAGGUCAUCUCUCGUCUGCUGUCAUCGCUGAGCCAGCCGCUCACCUCGCACCCCUGCUGCACCACCUGGCAGUGCAACGUACCCAACAUCACCCCCAAGACCACCAUCAGCAUGGGAAAAGCGUCCCUGCGCGUCGACUGUGUCCUGGGAGAAGGGGCUUUUGCAACGGUGUACCAGGGUACCGACCUCCAGACCUCAGAGAAGGUGAUGCUGAAGGUUCAGAAGCCGGCCAAUCCCUGGGAGUUUUACAUCAACACGCAGCUGGACGCGCGCCUGCCGCACAGCGUGCGCCACCUCUACAGCAGCAUCCGCUCCGCCCACCUCUUCCAUAACGGCAGCGUGCUGCUCGGCGAGCUUCACAACUACGGCACCCUGCUGAACGCGGUGAACAUCUACAAAACCCUGAGUGACAAGGUGAUGCCUCAGCCUCUCGUCAUGUACUUCAGCGUCUGCAUCCUGCACAUGGUGGAGCAGCUGCACGCCGCCCGCAUCGUCCACGCCGACGUCAAACCGGACAACUUCCUGCUGGGAGAGAGGUUCUUGGAGAACAAGGGGUUCGAGCCGGAGGACCUGGACCACGGCCUGGCCCUCAUCGACCUCGGCCAGAGCAUCGACAUGGACCUUUUCCCAGAAGGCACCGCGUUCACCGCCAGGUGUUUGACGUCGGGCUUCCAGUGCACGGAGAUGCUCAGCGGGAAACCCUGGAACUACCAGACGGAUUACUUUGGAAUCGCUGCGACGGUCCACUGCAUGCUGUUUGGGACGUACAUGCAGGUGAAGAAUGAAGGCGGUGUGUGGGUGACAAACGGUGUAUUUAGAAGGAACCCCCACAGCGACUUGUGGCAGGAGUUCUUCCACACGCUGCUCAACGUGCCGGACUGCAGCUCCCGGCCGAGCCUGGGCCUCCUGCGCUCCGCCCUGGGGUCGACGCUGCGGCACAACUACAGCAGCCGGCUGCCGGCGCUCAAGAACCGGCUGACGGUGCUGCUGCUGGAGCGCCACAAGGCGGCGCGCAGAUGACCCGCGUCUCCUCCGUCACUCGGGGUUAACCUUUAGCUCUUAAUGCUGCGGUGAGAUGUCACCGGAGGAGGCCUUUCAGCAUCGGAAUUUGUACAAUUAGUUUUUUAUUUUUUAUUUGCUUUUAUCUUGUCAGAUUUGUAAUUUUAUUGAAAAAUAAAAGUUAUGUGGAAGGGA